UACCUUUUUCCAGGAUUUUACAAACACUGUGCUAAUUCCAUUUAUUGCCCAAGUUGUAUACGGCAGGUGUACUUGAACCUGUUCGGGAGAAGUUUGUGUUUGGCAAGUGUAUCACCAUCAGAGUUCGACUGUACACCGCAUCACUUUAGCAGUAUAUUCACUGCUCCUGAUACAGCAGGCACCUAUAACAUCAAGGUAAUCAGUCAAGAGAAAAUGAAGGGAUCAGCCGGUAGUAUUCAUACUAAUGCACACACAUCAAGUAUUCAAAAAUUUAUCUAGCCGAAUUUUUGAAAAAGUUACCGCCAAAUAAUAGACCUACUCUGCCAAGCAGCUUUUUGGGCCACAACAAAGGCAGUAUAAAAGCUAAAAGUGAAACCAUUGCCUUUUUCUGCUCUUUUCCUUUCUUCCUCCUCGUUCUUUCUUUUUCUCCUUUCCUUUUCCUUGCUAAUAUGCAUGAGCUUAUCAGGCGCUAAAAGCUUCCUUUUGGCCCUUUUUUAUUUUUAACGAUCACUCAUACAUCAUCAUCAUAAUCAACAUUGUUAUAUUCGUCAUCAUCACCAUAUCAUCACAAUUUCGUCGAUAUUCUUUCAACAUUAUCAAGCAUCAUCACUACCAUUCUAAUCUUCCCCUUGUAUCUUUCUUUUUUCUCUUUUCUAAUGCCCGUCUGCAACAAAUAGUUAUUCUACAGGUGAUGUUACACGAGACGAUUCGCAACGACGAUUUUUAGCGCAACACAGCGUUGCAACAUUGUUGCGACAUUGUUUUGAAUAGUUACAACAUUGUUCCAACAUUGCAACGCCGUGUUGCGCUAAAAAUAGUCGAUGCGAAUCUUCCCGUGCAACAUCACCUUAACGUGAUAACGAUUCCAAAAAAGAACCCAUCGCGUUUGACACGAAAAGUUCAGGAACAAAUAUCCUCAUGUUUUUCAACCAAGAUAACGUUUAGUGGCCAGAGUUAAGAAAGAGAUGACUUCACCGGUGUACUGAUAGUAAAGCUGAGCGCAAAACUGAUUUUUAUAAUUAUUAUACAUUGUACUCGUUAUCUCUCUUCCGAUUGGCUAGAGCGUACAGUUGAUCUCGGAAAUCAGCGUAACCUACAGAUUAGUAAGUUACCCUAUUUCCUCGAAUAAUAGCCGUCCCUCGAUUAAUCGCCUUCCUCGAAUAAUCACCCAUCCUCACCCCUUUCGCCAUCUUCUCCUUUUAUUACCUCCCUGUCAAGUUGAAAUGGAGUCUGAUCCAGCAAAUUUGAUCAUUGGCGAUUCAAGUUCUGACGCCUAAGAUAAUGACCUGAAAAUUAAUCAAGGGACCAAAUUUGGAAGCCCAUGUUUAGUUUAUUUGAUGUGAUCAUUUUUUGUUUAAUGAGAUGAUAAAACAAAAUAUUUAGGGCACGACUUCCAGUGAGCAGAAUUUAAAAUAAUCGUCUCCCUCGAAAUAAUCGCCCCCUGCCAGUUAUUCGAGGAAAGAAGAUCCACAAGGUUUUUGUGCAAUCCGAAAGAACGAAGAGCGCUCGGACUCUGCUGGUAACAAUUCAGUUAUCUCGACCUCGAUUAUUCCAGAUAUCAACCGAAUCCAAUAAAUUUUUACAAUCAAACGCUAAUUCAGCGAUAUCCGACAAAUCUUCCAAGCUUUUUAUUGCACUCCAUCCCAUAACAAUCAAGUGAUUUUUAUUGUGUGCGUGCAUUUAUUCUUUCUGAUUAGAUGGAGGAGAAACUUGCUUAUAAAUGUGAAACAAGUCGCACUUCAAGCAAGGGAUCAGUUGUUGGGACAGUUUUUAUCGAAGGUUAGAUCCAAACGAUUUAACUAUUAAUGUGAUUUCUUUUCAAGUUAUCUUCACAGUUUUGUUCAGUUGCUUAUUGUUUUUAUCUCAGAGCCUCCUUCCAUAGCGAACAAGAUCGCCCCUCGAACUGUUUUCACUGGAGAUUCUUUUAUUCUUAAUUGCUCGGCAAACGGCUAUCCUACACCUGUAGUCCGAUGGUUUAAAGACGGAAGUUUGAUUUACCAAAAUACCAGCCUAGCGUUCCCCUCUCUAAAUCAGUCAGAUACAGGCCUUUACAUGUGUAACGCGUCCAAUAUUGCCGGAAGCGAUACGUAUGAGGUGCAACUUGUUGUGAGAGGUAGGGAAUCAGUCGCCAAAGUACGUUCACGUCUCAAUAGUUUAUUAUUUUAAGAUCUUAUUCCUCUCCCAAAAACACAACCAUAACUGUAAAACUACCACUACCACACUAUCACUAACACCAACACUAAGUAACAUUAACACACUGACUUAUUAACACUAUUACUAUCACCAAGACUAACAAUACAGCGACAAUAUCAUAAACUUGUAGUAACGCCUCCAAUAACACUGGCUGAUAACAACAUUAACACCAACACUAACAAACCUGAAAUUAACAACGCUAACAAACAUUACCACUAACACUGCUCUACCACUAACUCGAUACCACCAGCACUGGCGUAAACAUUACCACUAUAGCACUAACACUGACAUAAUCACUAACACUAAUAGUAACACUAACAAUACCGCUACUUUACCACUUUCCUCACCACCAAUACUCUACCACUCACACCAACACUAACAACUGUAGCAUGGAGUACUAGACACGAAUUAUGUCGUUCGACUUCAUAUGAAGUAACUUUAUUUAAAAACUCCUACCUAGCAUUAACAUGACGAAACAUGAGAGGGCCUCGAAGGAAGGUUUAUCAUAAGAAGUAAUUCAAAUGAAAAACAGACUGGUUGAUACAUCCCUAUAAUAAUCUGCGAACUCAAUGCUUGUUGAAAAGAAGUCUUUAUAGUAGCGAAAGCGGACAUAAACAAAGAGGCAAAAUACAAAUGAACUAUAAAACCAGCUGUCAGACAACACGUUUAUCCGUGUAGACAAUGAUUAAGUUGGGCCCAGUCAUUCGCAAGCUUUGCGGCCCACAGCUCCCCUACAUAAAUGAUGUCACCAUUUCUGAAAGAUGGAUAUCAUGCAUAUAACCGAUAUUAUAAACAGCUGGUUUUUUCUUUUCUUUUCCAUUCAGAGCGAAGACCUAUUCUUCAACAAAGAGUCUUAAUCCUAAAUGCUUCUGACAAUUUGCUUGCAAAGUAAGUGAUAAAAAUGACAGAAUAUCCCUUCCCCGGAGUAGUUUUAAGACGCGAAGGGGAAUUAACUAUAAUAUAGCUCUGGACAUUCAUUCAGACGUAUGGCCAGACAUUACUGGUCAGUUUGGGUGUGGUCAUAUGGUCAUAGAGAAAAAUUCACCCCUUCAGUGGAGGGGGGGGGCAGGGGGGGGAGGGGAGAGAGGUUGCUGAAAAAUAACACGUAGCAGCUAUUAAUGACAUCUAAUCCUCUCAGACACCCUGAAUUGUCAAUUUCCCAGCAACACUUUCCUUCCAAGGACAAAUUAUUUUUUCCCACAUUUCCCAGCCAGCAAAAUUUUGCCUGUAGAACAGUACAGUACUAGUGCUAGAAGUAGAAGUCGUAAUAUUCCCAUCAUAGGAGUUGAAAAUUCCUCAUUUAUCCAAAACCUCUUAAAAGAAAAAUACAACGACACUACAGCGACAACCAGUGAGGAGUGACCUGCAUCUAUAUACUAUAAUCGUAACAAAAUAACCGUAAUUAAAUUCCUGUGACACGGCGAAAACGCAGAGAGGGAGAGACUUUGGGCGUUGGUGGGCGUUGGCUAAACUGGGAUAAUAAUUUCAAAUACGGUUAUUUAUUUCACUAAGGUUAGUUAUGGAAAUCUCAAGUUAGUUGACAGUGAAGUCCGCAAACCUUAAUUGUUACGGUAUUUUCAUUCGUGCAGAUUGAUACCUAGUGUAGCAAAUACGAGCCAUUGAUGACACGAACUUUUUUGUCGUUUUUAAAUCUUAUUAAAAUAUGUAUAACUGUAUCCGAAAAAUGAACUUGUCAAAAAACUUGCAGAACUUUUUUUCUGUUUCUUUUAAAACACGCAAAUUUCCAAGGCUCCAAAACUGUCCUACCCAGUCGCGCGGCCAAAUUAACAAGUUUGACUAGAAUGAGUGGAAGCAUGUAGAAUAAUUAAAUGCGAAGGAUUUUCGAUGUCGAAAACUUCCCAACAUUGCAGUAAGGCUUCUAAAAUCAACACUGCAAGAAAGUGCCAACUGCCUAUGUUGUAGUGUAUUUUUUACUGUGUUUGUGUUAUAUUUAUUUUAUUUUGUUUUUCUUUGCUUUGUUUUGUUUUGUUUUGUUUUUGUUUUUUUUUUUCACAAUCGACACUUUUUUCUUUUCAGUGAUGCUGUGACAUUUAAAAUCUUUCUCACCCAUGACGCCUUAUCAAGUGACCAUGCGUGGAAUGUAGUAUUGGUUUGGAUCUUACCUCAUUACGCGCGCUUCCUCAGUCACGUACCCAAGAAAAACAUCACCAAUCCCUACCCUGGAGAGUAUAGAAUUAAGGUAGGAUAUAUAAUGGACGACUUUCUUGUUUUUUAUACAGGAUCUAAAAACUUUGCUCCAUAAAAUUCACUAAAAUGAUCUUAAAUUGAUAUCAAGCUUAACUUCUGAGACUAAGUGGAUGAGAAAAUUGUUUGGCUUGGAAUAGUACUGAAAAAUAUUGCUAUUUCCUGCCUUCCUUUUCCCGACAUAUUUUUUUCCACGAAAAGAAAGUUUUUGACUUUCAUUUCUUCUCUCACAGCCAAUUUAUUUUUUAUUUUCCACGAAAGUAAAAUUUUUACAGCCGACAUUUAGAUGUCUUUUUUUUUUCUCGUUUUUGAGAAAUAAAUGAAAACUAAAAUAAAAUCUUUACAUAUAAAGCUUCUUUUCGAUAUGGAUUUAAACCUGUUGUUAAAACGAAAGAAAGAAAGAAAGAAAACAUUGGACCUAGGGGUAGACCGUUUUACAACAACAACAAAAACAACUUAAUUUACAUUUCUCUUAGACUUCGUUGAAAAUAUAUUUCUGCUUUUUUUUUGCUUUUGUUUGGAAAACAGAUUUUUAAAAGUAACAAAAACUGUAAGUAUAAGUUAAAGAAGGAAAUGCCCAGAGCCUAAUUUUUACAGAACCGCAAGGUUUUCGGAUUAUUCUCUAUUUUUUUAUGUAGCUAGACUCACAAACAAAAACAUGCAUGCCAGUAGAAUAAAACAAAUAAAUAAGAAACCAUAUGCCAAGGCAAAGCAAAAGAGGGGGAAGAGAGAGAAAGAAAGAGAUGCAAGUGCACAGCACAGCUAAAGCAGUAGCUUACCUUUUUUGUCCAGGUUGGUAAGAUUGAGCUGACAUUCUCAAGGGAAAUCAACAUUACUGUUCAAAUUGACCCGGAAAGUAAGUUAUCAACGGGAGGUCACUUUCUUUCCAUACCGACCUACAUCAUGUACGAAAAGCGCAUGUCAGGAGAUGCAAAUGAAAUGUUUGUAGGCUCAAUUGAGGCCGUGACAGUCAAUUUCACAGUAAAGGAAAGUAAGUAUAUCUACCAAGUUGGCGUUAUUUGUGUUUUAUUUUAGAAUUAUUUUAGGUUUCUGGGAAACUGCCCACCUACCCCUCCCCUAAAUCAACAUUUUGCCCUAAACGAGAAGUAAUUGUUACUGUUGGCUUAGGGGAGGGGUAGGUGGGCAGUUCCCCAGACACCUAAAUUGAUCCUUAUUUUAACCUCAUUUGCGUGCUUUUGAAAACAAAAGAGUGCCAAUUCACGGGCCUAAACGACGUUGAACGUUUUUACUUACGUGGCCAGUUGAUACACAAAUUAUUCAUGGAACAGAAGAAUACAUAUAAGGUUUAACUCUCAAAGGACUGGUUUGGGACACCAAUAUGGCCGCCGUUUCAUUGUUUUACGACACCAAUAAUUAGGGAGCUUUAGUAAAGGCGUUUUUGAGCGACGCACGCCAACCGGAAGUGAGCACCUCGACACUACCAAAUUUGUAUUUCUAAAUGUCUUUACUAUUAUAGAGACGAUCAGUCCAAAAAUUUUCGCAAAACCACCGUGCAAAAACGAAAAAAUACCACUUCCGGUUGACAUGCGUCGCUCAAAAACGUCUUUGCUUAAGCUCAAUAAUAUGGCGAACGUGACGUCAUGUGAUAACGCUCCAUAAUUGGUAAUAAGGAGCAUCAACAGUCGGGUUAAUUUUCAUCGUUCGUCAGGUACCCCCAGAGGAUUCUUGAUGCACCCACUGUCCAAUGAAGUGUACCUUUGUAAAGAGAAAAGGAGGUAAAGUACUCGCUAGGUAUUGUUAAGUGAUUUGUUUUCAUAUCUUUGUGUAUUGAAUAUAACCAGCGUUUUCCUUAAGAAAAAAAAAUUAACAAAAAUUGUCAUUUGGUUAAAAUUACUGGCGUUUGGGGGAAACACUUUUCCAAGGCUCAGCGAAGUAGAGCUGAAGACCUAAUGACAGACCGUUUAGAACAAAAAAGCGAGGUCUGUAAGAUGAAACAAUCACAGUUUAGUAUGAUAACUUUAAUUUUCUGUUCUCUUUCUUCGACAAGGAGCCUUGAAGUAGGCUAAUAAGUAUAUUAAGUAUCUCUAACAAGAAUAUGUAGAGUAGUUCUUCUCAUCCACGUUGCAUUAGCUUCAUUAUAUUUUGUUUAUCUAUUAAUCUAUUCAAUGACGUUUUCUUUUUACUACCAAUUUCUAGUGAUUUAGACCCCUCAUGCUAUGUUUCGACGGACGGUGUUAAGUGGACCGGUAAGUGCUUUUAAAUCAUCACUUAAUCUUUCACUGCGCUUGAUUAACCCCGGACUGAAUAAAAAUAAUAAAGUAUUUCUUUUCGCGGUGGCUACGUAUAUUACCUGACCUUAAAUUUAACAUGGGAGCAAUUGGCGAAUUCGAAUUUAUUAUUUCAGAAGUUUGAUUAUCAUGUAACCGUUUUGCCCUGCGCAGGGAGUACUACGAUGACCACGAUUGAAAUGAAACACUGAUCUCUGCUUCAAGAUUUACUACCAAUUUCGUUUUUAUCUUUAGGAAUUGACCGGCGAGUUAAGAUAAUCCUUGGGAUGACUGUACGUGGCUUAGAGAAAAUGAUUUUCGCCAAAACGUCCGAUAACCAGUGUCACAUGUUCAGUGUGAAUGGCCAUUUUUGGAGUUGUAUUGUUUCCGAAGAAUGGGAAAAGGAAUCAUCUUCAGAGGAUUUUGCGCAUGUUGUCUAUGUUCCCCCACAUCUGAAAUCCGAGACUCCACAGGAUGGUUUCAUUUUCACUAAAAAAGAUGGAACAGUUUCUUAUGGGGGUAUUAAAUGCUUACGUAUGUUUAAAACGCUGGCUUAA